GACACAAAACAAAACUCUUCCACCCACUGCCAAUACCAUGACCACUACCGUCUUAGAGAUUCACAGCGCCGACCCGCCGGCUCCAGCUGCCGGCGAUGACGAGUGCUCCAUCAAGCAAGUGGAUAUUACAGUGCCGAAGACCGAUGACCCGAACUUGCCGGUUCUCACCUUUAGAAUGUGGGUCUUGGGGAUUGCCUCCUGUGUCAUACUCUCCUUUGUCAAUCAGUUCUUUUGGUACAGAUCCAACCCCUUGUCGGUUUCUUCCAUUGCCGCCCAGAUUGCUGUGGUUCCCAUUGGCCACUUGAUGGCCAAGACGCUACCGACGAGACCCCUUUUCAAGGGCACACGCUUCGAGUUCACUAUGAAUCCUGGACCCUUUAACAUUAAGGAACAUGUUCUCAUUACUAUUUUUGCCAAUUCUGGUGCUGGCUCUGUUUACGCUACUCAUAUUUUGACUGCUGUUAAGCUCCUCUACAAGAGGCAGCUCACUUUCGUUCCUGCCCUGCUUAUUAUGCUCACCACUCAGAUUCUUGGAUUUGGCUGGGCUGGAAUCUUCAGAAAAUAUCUGGUUGAGCCAGGAGAAAUGUGGUGGCCAUCUAAUUUGGUUCAGGUCUCAUUGUUUAGGGCACUCCACGAGAAGGAGAAGAGACCGAAACGCGGCACCACUAUCACCCAAUUCUUCAUUUUAGCAAUGAUUUGCAGCUUUGCUUACUAUGUUCUUCCUGGCUACCUUUUCUUUAUGCUCACCUCUUUCUCUUGGGUGUGUUGGUUUAAUUCCAAGUCUGUUUUGCUUCAUCAACUGGGCUCUGGCACGCGCGGCCUUGGAAUUGGCGCAUUUGGGGUAGAUUGGACCACAAUUUCAUCUUAUCUUGGAAGUCCCUUGGCUAGUCCUUGGUUUGCCACUGCCAAUAUUGCUGUGGGAUUCUUUCUUGUUAUGUAUGUGAUGACACCCCUUUGCUACUGGUUCGAUGUUUAUGGAGCAAAGAAGUUCCCCAUAUAUUCGAGCAGCCUUUUCAUGUCCAAUGGUCUCAAGUACAACCUCUCGAGUAUUGUGAAUUCAAAUUUCCAUCUUGAUCGAGGUGUUUACCGCACAACUGGGCCUGUAAAUCUCAGUACCUUCUUUGCAAUGACCUACGGACUUGGAUUUGCCACACUUUCUGCUACACUUGUUCAUGUCUUUCUCUUCAAUGGAAGGGAACUGUGGAACCAGAGCAAAAACGCCUUUGGAGGGAAGAGGAAAAUGGACAUACAUACGAGGCUUAUGAAAGCCUAUAAACAAGUACCUACAUGGUGGUUCCUCAUCAUCCUUGUGUUGAGCAUUGGUCUCUCUAUUUUUGCUUGUCAAUAUUACAAUGCAUCUCUUCAAUUGCCUUGGUGGGGUGUUCUGUUAGCUUGUGCCAUUGCCUUCUUUUUCACUCUUCCAAUUGGAAUCAUUGCCGCUACCACAAACCAAUCACCUGGUUUGAAUAUUAUAACAGAGUACAUCAUUGGCUAUGCGUAUCCUGAGCGUCCAGUCGCAAACAUGUGUUUCAAGGUGUUCGGAUAUAUUAGCAUGACACAAGCUCUAACAUUUGUGUCCGACUUUAAACUUGGUCACUACAUGAAGAUCCCACCACAUUUUCUAUACUUUGGGCAGAUGGUGGGAACAAUCAUAGCCGUGGUGGUAUACAUUUCAACCGCCUGGUGGCUAAUGGGAUCAAUUCAUAACCUUUGUGACACUAACCUGCUGCCAUCGAAUAGCCCCUGGACUUGCCCGAUGGAUCGUGUGUUCUUCGAUGCUUCAGUCAUUUGGGGGCUUGUUGGGCCUCGUAGAAUCUUUGGGAACUUGGGAGAAUAUGGAGCUGUGAAUUGGUUCUUUAUUGGUGGAGCCAUUGCCCCUCUGCUCGUAUGGAUUGCGCACAAGAUGUUCCCCAAGCAUUCAUGGAUUCGCCUCAUCCACAUGCCAGUCCUAUUGGGCGCUACAGCGAUGAUGCCGCCCGCCAGUGCCGUGAACUUUACUAGUUGGCUCAUCUGUGGGUUUCUGUUUGGAUUUUUCCUUUUCAGAUAUAAGACACAGUGGUGGAGACGCUACAAUUAUAUCCUCUCCGGCGGCCUGGACGCAGGAACUGCCUUCAUGACAAUAUUGAUAUUUCUGACACUGGGAUCAAAGGGAAUUGACUGGUGGGGAAACAAUGUGGAUGGCUGCCCUCUGGCCAGUUGCCCAACUGCCGGAGGAGUUAUGGUUGAUGGCUGCGCAAGCGCAAUUAGAUGAUCUAAUUUUUUUAGCUUAGCAACUAGCAAGGGUUUAUAAACUGAUUUUUUAUCUUUUAUUUUUUUAAUUUCUAGAUAGCUUCUCUACCGUAAAUACCAUGUGGGUCUGUAAAUGACGAUUCUUGUAACAGCCCAUUUAUUAAACUAAAAAUAUU